CGAAUACUAUUAAUGAACUAGUCUUUGAAUAAAAUAAUCUUUGAAUAAAUUUAUUUCCACUGUACAAAGAGUGUUUCGAUAUUUGGAAAUCUCAAGGUAGUCUUAGCUUAUAUCCGCUGAGGCACGAGGUGGCGUGUGUAGCCAACAAUGAAUAGAAUUAAAAUAGUUCUAGCUACACUGGGUUUGAUCAUCAUUCUGAUUAUUUACUCUUAUUUGAACUCUAUCACUGUCAAUUUUCCUCCAAUAAGAAACAGUGACUUUAAACAUGAGGAUUGUUGCUUUAACGAAAUUAUAAAAAGUGAUAUUUCAUCAUGUAACCAAAGAUUAGAAAUACAUUCGUUGGCGGAAGAUGUUGAUUGCUUUCAAGCAUUUAUGUUCACAAAGAUGAACAUAUCAUGGAAAUUGGAAAACAAACACAACAUAACGAAAAAAUGUACAUUUAACGGAACAUAUGCGAAAUGUCCAUGGAUAUGCAAUAAGUGUACCUUUAUUACUAUGAAAACUGUUCUUGGACGUACUGGAAAUCAAAUGUUCCAAGUGGCUUCGUUAUUGGGAAUUGCUAAAAAACGUGGAUUUAUACCGAUUAUACCAUCCACAAUUCCAAUAAAUAAAUGGUUUGACUUGCCAACUCUAAGUGAGGUUUCAAAACCUAUUUACCAAUCUGAAGUGCACGAAAAAGGUUUCGGGAAGUACCUUAAUGAAAUUGAAGACCUCGACGAGAACAAAAACUGGACCAUUGCAGGAUAUUUACAAUCAUUUCGUUAUUUUGAUUCCUCGAACGAUAUAAUUCACAAAUUGUUUGAUAUGAAGUUCGAAAAACAAAUGCGCGCGAAAGAUAUAUUACGGUCAUUUUCACCAAGUUUCAGGUUGACAUUAAAAAUACUUCUUAAAUUUGAAUCAUACAGAAUAUAUUUUAAAACAUACCAAUAUUUAAUGCUUUUUUUGAUAUUUUCAGACGACGAAAUUGUGUGUAUUCAUGUACGAAGAGGAGAUCUAUUAAAAGGGAAAAACAUCAAACUUGGCUACAAUCCAAUUGAUUAUAGCCCAUUUAAGGAAGCCAUAGACGAUUUCGCAUUAAUGAUGUCGUGCAAUAAUGUUGUCAUAACAUCUGGAACAUUUGGAUGGUGGGGUGCUUAUUUAUCUGGUGGAACUGUUGUUUAUCACAAUGGAUAUCCAGCUAAAGGCAGCUGGCUGGACCAAAGAAUAAAAAGAGGGGAUUAUUAUCUUACGACAUGGACUGGUCUAGGCGAUAAAAAGUAAAACAUAUGGAAUUGGUGAAUGAAAUACCAUUCCGUUUGGGUCGAGGAAACAUUUCAGUUAGAAGAAUCAUAUUUACACGAACUUUGAUUGUAAAACCUGUAAACAAUGAGUUUUUUACUAUUUGCUAUAUCAAAUGUUAGCAUUAUUUUCACUCAUUGUAAUAUUGCUUACACGUUCUAUUUGUUCGAUUCCAUAAGCAGCGGGAUAUUCAAAGGCUUUCAUUCACAUUGCUAUUUGCCCCGAACUAUUUUAACUAAUGUACUAAAAUAAAUAUCAGUGUUGUUGAAGUAUAUUACCAGAAUAUUUCGAAUAUAGCAACUUUAAUCAGUGGUUUUUUUUAAUUGACCUUCCCAAUAUUUGAUUUGCAACUGCUGCAUAAAUGAAA